AUGGAGCAUCAAUCCAUCGCACAAAAAGUGACAUUUCUGGAAUCACGCGCAACGACUCAGCCACCUCACACGGCGAAAUCGUCUGCCGGACCUGUCAGCACCACGAUUCCGUCAGAAAUCAAAGCGGCUACCAUCAAGCUUGAUGUUCCUCGGUUCGAUGGUUCAGAUCCGUUAGGGUGGGUCUUCAAGAUCUCCCAAUUUUUCGAAUUCCAUGGCACCCCUGACCCUCAACGACCUCGGAUUGCCUCUUUCUACAUGGAAGGUGAGGCUCUAGCCUGGUAUCAGUGGAUGUUCUCCAAUGGCCAAAUCACUUCUUCGCAGGCGUUGUUGCAUGCAUUGGAACUCCGCUUCGCCCCUUCUCAAUAUGAGGAUCCUAAGGGCGAUCUCAUGAAAUUGUUGCAGACGGCUUCGGUUCGCGAGUUCCAGUCUCAGUUUGAAACCUUGGCCAAUCGUUGCGUUGAUAUUAGGCGUGAAGUCCAGGCGCUCCAACCGAUGUCUCUGGCUCAAGCCGUUGGUUUGGCUCGUCUUCAAGAGGACAAGUUGAGCGACCAGCGCAUCGCCUCUCGCUCUAAAUUUUCCCCUUCGUCGUCAUGGCUACAAGGAGGUGCUUCUCGCGCGCCGCUGGUCACCGCGUCCCUCUCUCCGGGUACCUCGUCGGCUUCAGCUCCCACAACCCCCACGAUAUCUAGAUUUGGCCAAAGCCCCAAACCUAGGAUCCAACGUCUGUCCCCAGAAGAGCUCCAAGUUCGUCGUGACAAAGGAUUGUGCUAUAAUUGCAAUGAGAAAUAUCAUCCCACUCACCGUUGCAAACGUUCCCUCAUGCUUUUAAUUGUCGCACCAGAAUCCGACGAGAUCGUGGACAUGCAUCAUUUGCUCGAGGAAGAAUCUGGGUUGCAAUCUCCUCAGGAGCCUCUGCCAGAAGUGAGCGUGGGAUCUGAUUCUGCUCAAAUCAGCUUUCAUGCCUUUCUGGGCCAUUCGGUUCCACAAACGUUAUGGGUGCAGGGCCGCAUUGGUAAGGUCCAGUUGUCCAUCCUUAUCGACAGUGGAAGCACCCACAACUUCGUUCAACCCCGUAUUGUCAAGUUUUUGGGCCUCCCUUUACACAAGGCCCCAAGGCUUCCAAGUCUUAGUGGGAAACGUGCUGACCUUGUAUUGGGCGUCCAAUGGCUCAAAACCCUUGGGCCCAUUCUCACAGACUAUGACCAUCUCACAAUGAAAUUUGUUAAGGGUGGGCAGAUUGUUACUAUGCAAGGCAACUCUGCAUUUUCGGCCCAAGAAGCUUCGUUGGCCCAGUUGCGUAGAAUGGUGUCCACCAGCUCCAUAUCUGAGUUGUUUCAGCUGCAGAUGGUGCCCUCUCCGCCGUCUACACCUUUUAGUGCUCCGAUUCCUCAGGUGAUUGACGCACUCCUUUCUCGUUUCAUUAUGCUUUUUGAUUCUCCUUCUCAACUUCCUCCUCCUCGUCCCACUGACCACCGAAUCCCUUUGUUGGAGGGGAGUCAAGCGGUGAAUGUUCGUCCGUAUCGCUACCCCUAUUUCCAGAAAAAAAAGAUUGAGUGCGUUACUUCAGAAAUGCUGGCAGCCGGAAUUGUCCGCGAUAGCACGAGCCCUUUUUCUUCUCCGGUUUUGCUAGUCCGAAAAAAAGAUGGGUCCUGGCAUUUUUGCACCGACUAUCGAGCUCUCAACGCUAUUACACAGCGUGACCGUUUCCCUAUUUCGACGGUCGACGAGCUCAUUGAUGAACUCCAUGGCGCUUGUUGCUUCUCCAAGUUGGAUCUACGUUCUGGGUACCACCAGAUACGUAUGGAUUCAAGUGACAUCCCCAAAAUAGCUUUUCAGACACACGAAGGACACUUCGAGUACCUCGUCAUGCCUUUUGGGCUUUGCAACGCUCCGGCCACAUUCCAGGCGACUAUGAACUCUCACUCGUUGGAAUAUUUGGGGCAUAUCAUUUCAAUUGAUGGCGUUGGACCCGACCCUGAAAAAAUCAGAGCCAUGGUGGCUUGGCCGUGUCCUGCUUCCAUCAAACAAUUACGUGGGUCUUUGGGAUUAACGGGCUUUUACCGACGGUUCGUCCACCGCUAUGCUUCCAUUGCUGCUCCUCUAAUGGAUUUGCUGAAAAAAGAUGCGUUUGUGUGGUCCCCGGCUGUUCAGGAAGCUUUUGAUCAAUUGAAAUUGGCUAUGACGAAUACUCCUGUCUUAGCACUGCCUGACUUCUCUGUUCCGUUCACCUUGGAGACUGAUGCAUCGGUUAGUAGUAUGGGCGCUGUGCUGUUACAGCAUGGUCACCCAAUCGACUAUUUUAGUAAAACAUUUUGUGGGAAGCUGCAAUCGUCGUCCACUUACGUUCGUGAGUUGCACGCUAUUGUUGAGGCCAUCAAAAAAUAG